AUGUCAAUGGAAGGCAGGCAAGUAGACGAGGUGGUGGCAAGUAUAUUCCACACCGUACUCUUUCAUCGUUCCAGCGGAAAGUUCACGUACAACAACGAGGAGAGCUACUCCAUACGGACAGUCAGCUACAUCGACGUCGAUUGCGAUUUCAUCGACUUCACGUACGUAUGCUGCGAGUCUGAGGCCCUUGGUCGAAACGUGAAGAAGGAGAUAUCGGAGUUCUCUGAUCUAUUACGGACAGCUAGUUCUUCUCCACCGCGAGGGUCUAUCAGUCUUGAAUUCUUUCAGAAGCGGCGCGCCCGCUGGCCUUUCCAACCCGAAUGCGUGCCUUGGGAAGUGUGGACGGUUUGCUGCGAGCUAACUGAAUCACGCAACGAGCAUGACAUGCACAGCCAGCACGAGAGCGUUGUCGAAAUGCUUCAGGACAAGAUAGUUCACAUUACAGAGAUCAUUAAUCGUCAUGAAUACGUCCCCAAAAUGCCUAGCCGAUCGGACGCUGACCUUAUAUUUGACACUUCGUAUACAGAUAUUCAACCAUACCUUUUCAAAAUACAGUACAAUCUAUCCGGUGCGCCUCCAACCUCUGUAGGCAACACAGUGCGUAAAUUGAUUCGUGAUACUCUAUCAUUGUGA